AUGGCUUUAAUUGACAGUGAGGCUUCGCUCAAACAAAGGUGCCUGCCCGUGGAGGGGGAUGACUCCCUUUUCGAGUCUCUAAAGGCCAAUGGAGUGAAGACGCUGCGUCAGUUGGCAUUUGCACUGGGGAGCCCACAAACUCCACCGUCCGAUGAUUCUCUGAAGGACCUUGCGGCUAAGGUUUACAAGUGUGCCGAGGGUACUCAGCCUACGAUCGGACAAAUUGCAAAUGUUCGCAUGCUUAUCUUCGAGGCCUCUACACUUGUAGUGGCACAGUUGCGAGCACAGGCGACGGCGGAUGAUUCCGAUCUUGCAGGUCGCAAGCUGCCGCAUGUUGAAAAGCAAGCGCGUUUGACCUCGCAGAAGGCCCGACUUCCCGGGCUGCUGAUAGAGGGAGAGCUGCAGCCAAGCUACGCGCUGGUAGAUGCUUGUGCCCUGAUGUCAGAGUCGAACAGCAUUACUUGGAUCAGCCCCUCGCGUUGCACUAAGCGUGAUGCUGAGGUGCAACAGCUAGGGAAAGAGAAAACCUCGUUGGUACAAAUUGAGGCAGGCACCUUGAAGGUCAGUUCGAGCAGCAAGUUGCCUGAUGCUGAUACAACCACUGCCUUGCAGCUUCUGUAUUGCUUCCAGAGGCGAGGGUUGGCAUUGGAUCAGUGCAGCCUCAUCGGCUGGUCGGACCAUGAGUGGUACGUACAGAGCCUUAUGUCCUAUCUUCAUGGAGAGCCGGUGUCAGGAGCCAGGCCCGCGAUCGCCCAGGUCAUUCGGGCAGACCGGGAGGCUUGGACACUGAUGAGCCGUGAGAUCGAGGGACCAAUUGGGGUGAAGGAUGCGGCUGGCGAGCUGGUGAUGGCGGCUGCUUUGAGGCGGUUGGCCAAAGACCCUCGCGUAGUCGUUCAUCUUGUUACGGCACCGCAGCCGCAGAAAGUCGCUCCACCGCCUUCCAUCCCUACCGACUCGGCUGCUGCUGCAGCGUUGGCUGAGAAGGAUACCAAGAAGAAGAAGCGCAAGCGUCUUACCGGCCUUGUACCGGAGUCUUUGAAGGGAUGUGUCACCAAGAUCAAGGUGCAUCGCGAUUCCAACAACGACGACUCCCACUGCAACAUCCUGCUGAAGUUGUCCGAGUUUCAGGGCGGGGCCGUUUGGGUAGAGGGUGAUGGUGACAUUGAGGUGACUGAUCCAAAGGGACGCGUCUUGAAGGGUCAUGAGUUGUCUUGGGAAAACAACAAAAUCACUUUGGAUGCGAGGAACUUGUAUCAUGCUACACUCCCCUGGACGGGGCGACGACUGGUGCUGGUAGGAUACCACGUCAGGGACUUCCAAAGACUGCCGUGUGACGAUCGCCAGAGGCUGAUUGACAUCGGCUUUCAGUGUCUACCACUUGACUUGGGCAACGACUUGGAGAGCUUCCAAAAACUUGUCGAGGCCGAGAAAAAUUGCACCGAUGUGACCUGUGUUGUCAUGGUGACGGCCGCCCUCGGCCUUACCAAAUGGUUGGCGUUGAACGCCUUGCCGCGCGGCCGACGCAACCCUGCUUUAGUGCAAGAGUUUGUAUCCUUCAAGUUCGUGGCUGUGCCUGCUGACCCGCCGUCGGCCGAUGAAUCUUUACUUGCUGGACUGCCUAAAGGAGCUCGGGUCUUGUCUCGCCUGACCUUUGAUGGGGGCUACGAAGAGGCUUGUAAGACCUUGAGCAUAUCCUCCGGUGAAAUUUCCAUUGCAGAUGGCAAAUCAGAACUGCUUGAAGGUGAGUUGAUUAGAAUUGGCCUGCCUUCCGAACCCAAAGCCUUCGUGCAAAGAGCAGUGCAAGCCGGCCACCCUAGGGACGGAAGUGCACAUGUCUCGAAGCUUGUCGUAAAUGCAAUCAAAGCGAACUUCAGCGACCCGCCGGCGCAAACUGUCACCUCUCGUGCUGCUGCUCUUAAACAUUGGACUGCACGAGCCAAGCAAUUAGAGCAGAAAGAGGAGGAGUUACACCGGAGUUUGCCGGAGCACCUUCGUUGUCUGCUGGAGGGCAAACGGUUGCUCUUGUGGCAAGAAAUGCACGAAGCAGCUGGAUCUCCAGAUGACCAGCUAAUCACCCACAUGUGUGAUGGAUUUAAGUUGUCUGGUUGGUUAUCGCAGGGUCUGAAUCAGUCGACGAUUGCGAAAAUGCGUGUCCGGCAGGAUGAAGACUUGGAAAAGGCAACUUGGCAGGAAACUGAGAAGGAACUGCAAAAGGGUUGGAUUUUUGCUGACACAAAAAGUUGCAUAGAGCUUUGCGCUCUGGCCCGCAGAUUUGGAAUCAGACAGCUUGACAAAGUGCGUGUCAUAGACGAUGCCAGCAUUUGUGGCAUCAACGCUACCGUUGGCUUGAAGUAUGGUUUCCAAAUGCAUUCCAUUGAUAGAUAUGCUGCGUGGAUCUCCAAGGCGCUACGCAUCAAUGAGGGCAGACUGCCUGCCUGCAAAGGAGAGGCGGAGCCCAUGAUUAUGGGAGCAAACUCCUUACCGUUCGGUGCGGUGGGAAGUGUUGCUGCUUUCCUCCGUAUCUCGUUGAGCAUCUGGCUGAUAGGAGUGAGGCUGUUCAGUAUCUUCUGGACCGCAUUUUUCGAUGACUACGGAGUCACGACUCGCGAUGAGCUUGUUGCCAACACAGACUCUUGCAUAUGUGCCAUUUUCGAUCUUCUUGGAGUUGAAUUUGCUCGGGAGGGCAAAAAGGCACCACCGUUCUCACGAGACUUUAAACUGCUUGGAGUCAGAGUCGAUUUGAAUGAUGCACCUCGGGGGAUUGUGCGAAUCGGCAACACUGCCGAGCGUCGCGAAGAACUGAACGUGUUCAUCGAAGACAUCUUGCAAGCCAAUUGUCUCGACCUUAAGACCGCUGAAAGGCUCCGCGGCAGGUUGGUGUUUUUCGAGGGGUUUGUUUUCGGGCGAAUGUCGAAUUCGGCCAUCCGAACUGUGGAUCGAGCGGCCAGGGCGGGACUCACCUCGAAGAGGCUGCCCGAGGAUGUUAGAAAGAGCCUCGUUGUCAUUCGCGAGAGGCUGAGGGUGGCUGAGCCUGUGACCAUCGCUACCAAAAACCAUCACUCUUGGCUUAUCUUCACAGAUGGAGCCUGCGAAGGCGAGAAGAAGCUAGGAUCCAUUGGAGGAGUGAUCGUGGGCUUGAGUGGCCAUCCGAUAUCCUUCUUCAGUGAGCAAGUCCCACUGGAUAUCAUGAAGAUCUUGUUGAGCAACUCGCAGAAUCCCAUUUUCGAACUUGAACUUCUGCCGGUUCUAGUUGCUUAUAGGCUCUGGGGCCAGUGGUGCAGAUUUUCUCAAGCCGUUUUUUACUUGGAUAAUGAAGGUGCCCGCCAUUCGAUAAUAGCCGCGGGAGGAGGCGCCGAUCUCGCUCGUGUGAUUAUCGAUGGCAUCCUCUCGAAGGAAACUUCCCUUCAAAUCCACGCAUGGUACGCCCGUGUACCUACGCAUAGCAACAUUGCAGACUCCCCGAGCAGAGGUGAGUACGAAGGUCUCUUGAACAUUGGAUGCUCAAGGCUUCGCGUCGACUGGGAUGCGGUGGCACGGCAGUGUUUUCCAUUGGGUUUUCACGGUGCUUCGGAAAUAAAGCUCUCCGAGCACGAGCGCCACAAAGCGCUAGCCAAUGGCUGGCACGCUGGAGCCGCGCGCCUGAUCUUCAUCAUGGCCAUGUUUGCCGCGACGCCCGCAAAGGCGGACAAGGAGCUCAACCCGCUAGGAGGAACCGCACUCGACAUAGCAGCUGGUUUGUGGCAAGGUCGCCCGCCACUCCUAGGCCCGGGACCUGGCGACUACGACUCCUUUGACCUCUCCUACCUGCAGGACCCCGCGGAGCACUGGAAGUUGUCACGACACAUUCCCCAUCCGGAUCACAGCGACGCACUCAUGGAGCCCGGUUUGCAACAGUGGAUUCGCAUUUGGUUCCAGAUGCGUGCCCACUUGGCAGAACUACGCCUCGCAGUCGUGGAACAGGUCGAAGAGAUGGUUGUGGACAUGGAAGACGAGACCAGGUCUUGGUACCAGAGCCUCCGCCCUCACGUACAGAAGGCCUACCGGAGCACCACAGGAGUGUGCACCUUGCAGCUGCCCGCGCUCCGCAGAAUCUGUGAACUGUUUGGUUGGCAGGACCUCGGCAUUUUCGACGAGCUCACACAUGGUUUUCGACUUCUAGGACCUCUGGCUCCAGGACUUGGCUGGAAACGACGCAACGACGACCGCUACGCCAACCCUCUGGACAUCGCGGAGUUCAUGGUCAAGAACAAGCAGUACGUCGUCGACAAGCUUCGUCGAUGCCGCGUCGACCCCUGCUGGAAGCAGAUGGCAGACGAGAUAGCAGCCGAUGUGUCACUCGGGCGCAUGGAAGGCCCGUUCACCAGCCCUUCGGACUGGCCCAAAAGCGCAGUGCCGCUCGCAUCGCACGAGCACACAAGCAAGCUACUCGAGGGCCCAGGCGAACACCAGCCGACGUGCUUCGCGUUCGCAGUCCACCAGGUCGGGUCCGAUGGCCGCCCCAAAGUACGCCGCGCCGAGGACUGGAGACGUUCUUUCGCUAACGCCACGGUCGCAGCGGAGGACUCCCCUCCGUACCACGACGUCAACUCCUACGUGCAGCUGGUUCGCGCCAUCAAGGAGAUCGACCCGCAGGCCGAGAUCCUCAUAUGGGGCCUUGAUCACGAGUCGGCCUACAGACAGCUCCCAGCGCUCGACCCGUCGCACACCUACGUGGUUCUUGCGACGCCCGAAGGAGUGACUCUCUGGCGCCAUACAGUUCUAAUGUUUGGGUCAGUGGCGAGUGUGUGGUCCUAUUGCAGAAUAGCGGACCUCAUGGGCUGGUUAUGCCGCGCAUGCAUUUUCACGCCCGCGCUACACUUUGUCGAUGAUUUCGGCAGCGCAGAGGUCACCACGCUCGCCAACUCGUCCUUCGUCAUCCAAGGCGUCGACAUUUUUGUGUCCCACGAGUCCGUCACAGUGCAGGGCACAGAAGAGCGGAGACAGAGGCUCGACGAGGCGCUCGCGGACGUGCUCACUCAGGUCGCUCGCACGCUGCAGCUCUUCGGCCCCUGUUUCGCAGAGCUCGACUCACAGGCGCUGGUCGUCAUCAUCGCGAUUGGAGACUCGAUGGACCGCUUCGCCACGGGAUCGGACUAUUACGUCUUUCCUUUCGACAAAGAGGCGCACUCGGUCCUCUACGCCGACGCGUUCUUCAACCUCUUCGACAAGGACUGGAAACCCUCCGACGAGGACAUUCCCAACUGGGGAAGGACACCCCCGGAGACACUCCGCAACGGAUGGGGCUUUGUGGUUACCGUACAGGGACAGACCCACUUCGCUCACGGAAGAGUACCGUACUGGUUCGUGCGAGCAUUCACGAGUCGCCGGGCAUACAUAUACAUGCUCGAGAUCGUGGCUCAGAUCUUGCCUCUGUUCGCCAUGGAGGACCAGCUCGACCGACACGUCAUGCUCUUCGUGGACAACGAACCCGCACGCCACGCUCUCACUCGAGGCUUUGGCAAGGAUGAGUCGAUCAACUGCUUGCUACAACAUGCAUGGCGCUUCUUGGAGGCACAAUCCUUUCGCCCAGCAUGGCAGCGUGUUACGUCGUCAGCCAACGUCAGCGACUCCGUUAGCCGCGGUGACCUUCGCCACGCUCGAGCCGAAGGUUGGAUCGCACUAGAACGAGAUUGGGACAGUCUUUUCGAAGAGCUUCUGACGGGCUCUGAGAGGUUUAGGGCUACCGGUGUGCUUUAA